AUGAAGAUGAUUUUGGGAACAGGAAAGCCAAAACAUGUAAGCCCAUUGGCAGUGUGGUGGUGGUGGUCAGAUAAUGGGACAAAAGGGAAAAACAAGAAAUAUUGUGGUGAUGGUGGUCAGAUAAUGGGGGGAGGAUCUUCCCUGAAAAUGCAGUACCCUCCAUCAGGGCCAAGUGGGUGGGGCCAGCUUGGUAAUCGUGUGACUUCUGGGCCAGUUGCAAAUAAGUCUGCUGAAACAUCAGCAUUCUCCCCAUUGAUUGGAAGAAAAGUGAGAACCAGAUGGCCUGAUGACAACAAUUUUUAUGAAGCAGUUAUAACAGAUCACAACCCUGUUGAGGGUCGGCAUGCACUAGUUUAUGAUAUUAGUACAGCAAAUGAGACAUGGGAAUGGGUUAAUCUUAUAUCACGAGAGGAUAUACAAUGGUGGAUCAGGUAUUCAGUUCAUGGAAUGAGUAGACCCGUUGGACGUGAUAAUGGUCCUGGUGGAGGUGGAGGUGCAGGGAGAGGUAGAGGGUUGCCCAAAAGUCAAGCAGCAGCAGCAUCAAUAAAAGAUUUUCCACGAUCACAGAAUGGCAUUGGAAAGAAGGGUCGAGACAAUAUUCAGUCACUUCACACUGAUACUCUUAUAAAAGAGGUUGAGAGGGUAUUUGGGUCUAGUCAUCCAGAUCCUGUUGAAAUACAAAAAACUAAGAAAGUGCUCAAGGAACAUGAACAAGAACUGACUGAUGGCAUUGCAAGGCUUGCAUAUAUCUCAGAUGGUGAAAGUGGUGAUUUGGUAAAGAUGGCAAUGGUUAACACUAAUGGUCCAAACCAUUUACCUUCUUUUGGGCAAUUGAUUGGCAAUCUUACUCAAGAUAUACCACUUCUUUCUGUAAACAUAACCUUCAACUAAUAAAAUUUACCAAAAAGCCCUUCAAAUGACUUCCACUUCCAUUCUUGAAUUUACUUCACAUAGGCAAUGACCAAAAUAAUUCCAAAGAGACACUCUUGAUUGGAUAAUUAAGC